UUCUGCCUUCAUUCGCUCGUCAGUCGUUGCCCGCAAACGUCACGGAGAUCCUGUAGCGCUGCUUUCCGCACUUCUCACCCCCUCUCAGUUCUCAAAAACGGAAGCAAUAAGCACAAAAAACAAUAAUCAUAACAAUUAAAAACAUUUUGAAAACUGUGUGAAAAUCCUUGCUGGUGCAAAACAGUGCAGAGAAUUGAAAUCAGAGAAGGGGAGAUUCCGCCAUCGAUCGAUCAAUAAACUCCGGGCAGCAACUUCUACGCUACGAAGAAAAAGAACAAGACAAGAAAACAGCGUACAAACAAGUAACAGAAACAAAUACAAAAGAAUUAAAUAAAAGACUGAGCAACGUUCAAGCAAAAAUCCAAGGAACAAAACCAACAGCAACAUAAGCAAUCUCCCACACACAUUUGACUCUCUAACUGUGAAACUAGGCCCCUAGAAAAGGAAAAUCCGAGUGGAAAAGCGUAACAUUGAUCUCAGCAACCGCAAAACAAAACAAGAAGCAAUAACGAAAAGCCAGCGCCUUUUACCGCCGGAUCAGCCGCAUUAACCCCGUAUAAUGUUAAGCAGCCUCGCCUCGUAUCUCUUUGGAUCGCCAGCAACACCCGAUUCCACCAACCAAGACGAAGCUCCCGCCCAGAACCCCAGCCACUCGACGAGUCCCGUUCCACCGAGCGAUCCCUCGGCGGGCGAUGUAAUUGAGGUCACCUCGUCGACGCCCUCGGUAGCGGGCAACACUCGGGGGGCGGUGCGCGCCUCCAACGGCAAGCGGGGCAAGAACAGGCGCGGCAAGCAGCAGCGGAUCCAGCAACAGCAGCACCAGCAGCAGCAGCAGCGGAAGCAGCCGGCCAUCACCAAGUUGCUGACGCCCUCGGGCGAAACCAUCGACGAGGACUUUGACGAGGACGAAUGGUACAUUGUCGAGAAGGAAGAAGAGGAGGACGACUCCCUGCCGCGCAGCGACUCCGAGGAGGAGCUCUCCGUGGUGGAGGUGUCGCAGUCGCGUGGCGCCACCGCCAGCAGCGGCUCCUCGCCGUCGGGCUCCUCUGCCGCUGGCCAUGGCCCAGCGGGCUCCAGCCGCCGGCGGCAGCACCUCAACUCGCAUUCCCUGUACAGCGGUCCGCGGCCGCAGCAGCAGCGCAACUAUCUGCAACGCUCGCGCGUCGCCCGACCGCUGAGCAUCAGCACCCUCAGCCCGCCCAGAAGUGUGCCCGCCCUGGGAUCGGCGGACCCUGACACCCUCAGCCAGUCGCUCUACGUGGCCUCGCCCAGCGGCAGCGAUCAGGGUCUGGGUCAGGGUCUGGGUCAGGGUCAGGGUCAAGGUCACGGGCAGCAGGGUGCUAACGUGCUGAUGGAGGAGUCCUGGUACGUAACACCGCCACCAUGCUUCACCUCGAUUGGGCCAAUCAAUAUGGAAACAUCACCAUUUGAGAAUCUAUUGAUUGAGCAUCCAAGCAUGUCCGUCUAUCGUAGUAUUAGGUCCACCCAGGAGGGCACCGAAAGUUUUGUUAAUCUUGAUCUCGGGGUGUCGGCGGAGGUGCCGCAGGAGGAUCCGGAGCCGGAGGCUGAGCCGCAGGACCAGCGCCAGGCUCUCCAGGAGCAGCGCUCCCCCAACGCUCGCUUCGAUCGCCAUGCGGCCGCCCAGCUGAAGCAGCAGUCGCUGGCUCGUCAGAGCCAGAAGAGCAACAACAAGAAGCAGCACCAGCAGCUCUGCCGCAGUGCCAUCAAGCGGGCCAACAAGGUGCGCGACUUCCAGGCCAAGGCCAACCGCCCGCGCCGCUCGGAGAUGCAGCACUGCAAGCUGGUCAGCGGCGCUAACAACAACCGCAGCAAGUGCUGCUACUAGGCGCGCACCACCCGCACCACCCACCACCAACACCAACACCACCACCACCAACACGCCUCCCACGCCCAAAAGCGCUGAAGGAGGAGCAUUACAAUCAUGGCAGGCGACGCGAGGGCAACGCGUUCCGAUUUUAAUUAGUAUUUUAACUUAACCCCCAACAACAAUGAAACGAGAAAACCCGCAACAAAAAUGCCACAAAAAUAUCAAAAUCUAGCAGCUACAAAACACAUAUGUUUAAUUAAUUAAAAUUAACAAUUAAUUGUGUAGAAACGAAAAACAAAAACCACAAAAAAAUUUAACUAUCUGUGUAAAUGCGUAGGUUUAACGUUUGCCGUUUCAAUUUCAAAACUUAUAUGAAAAAUACCAAAAAAAAUGCAAUAAAAUUUUCAAAAUGAAUAUGCAAAAAAACCCACAAGGAAAAAAACACACAUGAAAAAUGACAAAAAAACAUGUAUAAACAUAAGCAACAGAAACGAUUUUGUUAAUGUAGCUAAGAAACCUAUUUUAUUUAUUUAACAAUCAACCACACACACACACACGAUUACUUUAUGGUAUGUUUUGCAAAAAGUUUAUGUUUAUUUGCGUGAGCAAUCUCUUGAAUUUGAUUUGUUUGAGUUUGUAUGAAUUUCUGUGUGUAAAGUGUAUGCUUAUCGACAAGUAGGAUGUAUUGUAUUAAUCCCCUGGCACCAGAUAAAAUGUUCUAUUGUAUGCCUGAUUAUGUUGGAAAAGCGCGUGCGUAUGUAUGAAACAAAAAUGUGUGAAAAACGGGGACAAAAAAAAAGAUAAAACAUAUAUAUAACAGACGGAAAAAAACCACAAUAAAAAAUGAUUAUGCUAAAACAA